AUUGCAGCAAAAUUUCUUUGCGUCACAGGGCUGAGCGCACCGCAAAAUGUCACAUCCACAGCCGAAAUUAGAAGCAUUGUUCAACGAACUUCCCUCAUGGCCACACAGACACAGGUUGGUGGUGUUCGAAUACCAGAAGAAUUACAGAGGCGUAGAGAAACUUAAAGACGAGUGGCUGAAGAACAGAAUACGGGAGCAGGCGCAGCCUGCGCCACCAGGCCGUCCACCUCUGGAAGCGGCAAAAGUUCGCGUGAAAGACUGUAUCGCAGACAUUCUAUGUACGGAUGAAGAGGCAGACCCGAUAGCGCAGCGGGAACGUAUGUCAAGGGGUGCGGUCAAGAAAACAAUCGUGAACAAUCACAGCGUAACCUAUGGUCAAGGUUGUAUAUAUAGGAUGCUAACAUACGCAUCCGGUUUUGCGCAUGCUCGGCUAGUGGUCCUGGAACGAGACCAGGCGAGCAGAACCUUCUCUGGGCAUUGUUACGGGUUCACCAUGGGGGACGCGAAUCAUGGAAGUUUGAAAGAGCAGAACAGCAUCUGGGAGUAUGACGAAAACUCAAAGUUCGAGGCCACUGGUUUCACACAUUUAGGCUACCCAGAAGUUCUGGAUUCAGCACAUCAAGUAGUCAACUCACAGGGACCAUACCAUCUUCGGUCCAACAACUGCGAAAUAUUCUGCGAGAAGUUGUCAAAAGUUAUCUCUGUCGAGAGCUGGUAUGAAUACUUCCAGGGUGUGAAAAGACGUAGCCAGAUUAGAUGGAAUGACCCCCCUGAGCCGCAACCAGAUGUCUAUUCGGGAUUCGGGCAAGAACCGGAAGUAAUUCCAGCAGAUCUACUCAAUCAUUCGGAUAUAGGUAUGAGGAAAAUAAACGUGGUAUUUAUCGCAGCAGCAUUCCUUAUGGUUGAUCAAGGCCACAUGCCAACAGGAAUUAUGAUGUUUGGAACGCUUAUCUCCACAUGGAUAUUCUAUAGGUAGAGAUUAGAUAUCUUGAACAGACACCUU